AUGCCGCCUUCCCCAGCGAUGAGAUACUCUCCGGGGAGAGAGACUAGAGAAAGAGAUAGUUUUUUGCUUCAAUCUUCAGAUGACUUGGAAGAUUCGUUCGCUACGAGGUUGAGACAUUUAUCCGAUGUCAAUGUUGGAAUCUCCAUUCCUGGUCGGCGAGGAACUAGUGACUUGCUUAAUAUAGAUGGCGACAAGAAUGACUAUAACUGGUUAUUGACGCCCCCGGAUACGCCACUGUUUCCUUCGAUGGACGAAGAUCCACCAUUUGCUAAUGUAGCAAGCAGAGGAAGGCCUAGUAAACCCAUUUCUAUAUCAAGAUCUUCUACGAUGGAGAAAAGUCGCAGAAGCAGUAGGGGCAGUGCAAGUCCAAAUCGUUUAAGUCCAUCUCCUCGAUCGGGAACUAAUACAUCACAAGCAGGAGGAAGGCCUUCAUCAUUGCCAAAUUACAGUCCAACGUCCUCAAGUUUACGGUAUGCUACUCCUACAAGAAGAUCAUCUCCACCUCCGAAUAAGCCCAUUACACCUGCUUCCAGGUCUUCCACUUUUACUCCGCGAAGGUUGAGCACUGGUUCCAGUGGCUCUAUUGUCUCAUCUGGAGUUAGGGUAAAUUCCCCGGUUAAGACAACUCGUGGAAACUCUUCAUCACCAAAGAUAAGAGCAUGGCAAACUAAUAUACCCGGCUUCUCUUCUGAAGCUCCUCCCAAUCUCCGUACUUCGUUGGCUGAUCGACCAGCAACAUAUGUGAGGGGUUCAUCUCCCGCAUCCAGAAAUGGUAGGGAAUCCAGUGGUAGGGAAUCCACACCCAAAUUCAGCAGGCAAUCAAUGUCUCCAACUGCUUCUAGAAGCAGUAGCUCUAUUCAGAGUCAUGAUCGAGACCCAUUCAGUUCACGCAGCAAAGGUUCUGUUGCAUCAUCUGGCGAUGAUGAUCUCGACUCUCUUCCCUCCAUCCCAGUCGGUAGCUUAGACAGAUUGAGUUCAAGAAGAGAUGGUUCGUUUUCAACCAACAGAACUCCUGCCAUUUCCAAGAAAUCACCCAGGAUGAUGUCCCCGAAUUCUGCUCCUAAAAAAUCAUUCGACUCUGCUUUCCGUCAAAUGGAUAGGAAAAGCCCUCAAAACAUGUUCAGGCCUCUUUUAUCAAGUGUUCCUAGUACAACCCUUUAUGCUGGAAAUGCAAAUUCUGCACAUCGAUCCCUUGUGUCUAGGAACUCCUCCAUUGCAACAAGCAGCAAUGCAACCUCUGACCGAGUAACAAUUUUUGCUCAAGAUACCGAAGGGAUUGACCAUAGUCAAGAUGAUAUGGCAAGUGAAACUGAUAAGACGUUAUAUUCUGAUUUGCAUGAAGAAGUGUUUGCCUUUGAUAAGAUUGAUGGACUAGAUGCCAAUAUUGAACAUGAAAUCAACAAGGAAUCAGUUGAUCUCCUGCAAAAUCAAAACAAAGGCACCAAUACUGUUUUUGGUCCAACUGAUGCUGAAGGCAAUGAAAGUUCAGAAACUUCACAUGUCAGAGAUGUCAUUUCUGAAACUGGUAGUUUUGAAAACACAGCAAUCUGUUCUCAAUGUGGUUGUUGUUAUCAAGUCAUUAGUCAAACUGAGGAGAAUAUUGAGCUUUGUCUACAAUGCAGCAGGAAAACCAUAUUGUUGAGAGCAAACCUCCCUGAGACAGUGUUGGCUGUAUCUGAAGGUUCUUCAGCGAUUUCUACAAACAUGCCCAAAGAAGAAGAAAGUUCAUCGGUUGAAACAAGCCAACUAAGGACUGCAUCUGAACUUUCUCAAUCUCCCUUUGGCGAACAUGGUUAUGACGAAAGUCAAACUUCAUGCAGCGAACUAAACCGGGUUCGCUCACAAAACAGUUCAAAUCCAAGUUCACUGAGGGAGGGAGGUGAGCAUAUGCCUACAAACUGGCUAGAGACGAACCAAUCAGGAGUUGAUUACAAGAAACGCAACGAUGAAAUUGGGGAUCAGAUGUUGGAUCACUACAGUGAUCGCCCAGAUAUGGACAUGGACCUCAUGGAAGGCACCGGCAUUUCUGUAUUGCUGAAAAGGUCCAGCAGCAACAAAGGACCUAUUGUUCGGGCAAGGACUUUUACUGCCACAACUAUAUCUUAUGAUGACCUGUCUCUGUCAAGAGACAGUUUAAACAGUAUAAGAAGCUCGACAAGACCUGGCAGUUAUUCUGCAUCAUCCUCAACUGAUUUUAGCUCUACUAAACAAACAGAGUUUCGUAUGCACAGGCAGUUGAGUGGCCGGAAAUUGGACGCGGACUGCGGACAUGACUUAAGGAUUAAGCCUCCGAGCACCGCCGGUUCAUCUUUCUCUAUACCUUCAAACCAUUCUCACCAUGAAGUGGGUCUUCCAAAUCGAGAAACUUCCGGCAACACAGAAUGUAGCCCUGUGGAGGAGAUACCUCAAGUUCUGCAUGAAUAUCAAGCUUUAGAAAAUACAACGACAGAUUUAAUUCAGGCUUCUCCUAUCGAUUCAACUUUUGUUGAGGAAGAAAAACUAGAAAAUGAUGAUAGUAGUAGAGGAAAUAAUGCUUGCAGCUCAGAACUUUUAAGCCACACAGCUGGUGUUGGACCUGAUGACAAUAUAGUGACAUCAUUUCCAGAUCCCGGGGGUUGUAUUUCAUAUGAAAACAUUGAAGACCAUUCAGAUAUUGCAAGGAGCGUCUCAAACACAGAAACGUCAGUUAGGACUCCAGAGUCAUCAUGUCAUGAGAAUCUUGAUGUGCAGAGUUAUGAUGCUAAUGAACUGAAUGCUUCGGCUAUUGCCAACUGUUCUACAAUCACAGAAUCAGAAAUUGAAGGGGAAGAUACUGAUCUGGCAUCAAAACAUGCUCUCGAUGACUUACAGGAACUUUCUGCUCGAAAUCCUUCCAAUGAUUGUCACACUGCUUCUGUUUCCGAGCUCAAUGCAUCUGAGUCCCAUUGCACUGAGGAAUCAACCGUUACAGUGGAUUGUCCAGGUGCAGGCAACACUAGAAGCCUGACACUUGAAGAGGCAACAGAUGCAAUCCUUUUUUGCAGUUCUAUCAUCCAUGAUCUAGCAUAUAAAGCUGCAACAAUAGCAAUGGAAAAUGAAUGCUCUGGUCCAUUCGAAGGUUCUGAACCAACAGUAACUUUAUUGGGGAAACCCGAUCCUGACAGAAAGGAUAUUCGCAGACGACCUGUUGGCAAGCGGCCUGUAAAAACUCCAAAGAGCAAACCAAAGAGUGUCGAAACUGGUGUCAAAAUUGUUUCUGGCAAGACGGAGAAUGAUGAAAAUAUCGUCGAGUCUUUCACAAAUAAUGCCGGGCUUCCUAACAAAGUAGAUAAUAGUAUGAAGCCCCCAAAGCUUGAAUCAAAGUGCAAUUGCAUAAUAAUGUGA